AGGGACAGCAGACACCAGUCAGGUACAGAUGCAGCAGCUCUGUGCUCUAUAUGCUCACAUGCUGUUAUUCUAAAAAGGUAAAUGUGCUCUCUAAUCAUGGCUAAUCAGUCCAAUGAAAGAAGUUUCAUUCUGUCAGGAUUUAAUGAGACAAUGAAUUUCAGAAUUCCCCUCUUCUUGUGCACAUUACUUUAUUACUCUAUGAUUUUGUUCUUCAGUAUUUCUGUUGUGCUGCUCAUUGUCUUUGAUGCAAACCUGCAUGAACCUAUGUACAUUUUUCUGAGUAGCUUUUGCAUUAAUGCACUUUAUGGGUCCACAGGUUUCUACCCAAAAUUCCUUUCAGAUUUACUGUCGUCUUCCCAGAGAAUCUCAUAUGAAGGGUGCCUUUUACAAGCUUUUAUCAUGUACUCAUUUGUCUGUAGUGAUUUGUCCAUUUUAGCUGUUAUGGCCUUUGACAGGUAUCUGGCUAUAUGUCGACCUCUGCACUACCACUCUUUCAUGACUAAGAGGAGGCUCUCUCAGCUGGUGUGUUUCUCCUGGCUGACACCUUUCUGCAUUUUCUCCAUCAAUGUCAUAUUAACAACAAGACUCAGGUUAUGUGGAAUAAACAUUCAGAGAGUCUUAUGUCUAAACUGGUUAAUUGUUAAACUUGCUUGUCCUGAAGCUGAUACCUUUUCAAACAACAUUAGUUCAUAUGUAAUACUUGUUGUUUAUCUGUCUCAUUGGCUUUUUAUAAUGUGGACUUACAUGCAUCUUAUUAAAACAUGUGUGAGGUCCAGAGAGGAUAGGGUAAAGUUUAUGCAGACCUGUGUGCCCCAUCUGAUCUCUUUGAUCACAUUACUAGUGGUAAUGAUUUUUGAUUCGAUGUACUUGCGCUUUGGCUCCAGAGAUUUACCUCAAAGCCUCCAAAACUUCAUCACUAUUGAAUUUCUCAUCAUCCCUCCAGUUAUGAAUCCUCUCAUUUAUGGAUUUAAACUCACCAAAAUACGAAACAGGAUUUUGAGCUUAAUUUAUUUGAAAAGGAAAUGACUUCCAUUAAGGCUGGAGUUCUUUAUUUAAAAUUAUUAAAAAAUAUUAACAAUAGAUGCAACAAUAUAAAUACUUUUUCUGAAGCCACUUGAUUCAGAAACAUUUGGACAACCAGCUGUUUAAGGCAAACAUUGGUUUGGUUUAGACUAAUUUUACUAACACUUUCUGUUUAGUUAGUUUUUGUUAAUUUAUGUUGUAAUUUAUGUUAGGUCAGUCUGUCUUGUCUCUGCUAGCCAG